AUGGCGGAUAAAGCACAUUUCUAUUCCUACAAGGAGAUACGGCUAAACCUCGAUUCACCCAUUCAAAAUUCUACCAUUUUGAUUCGUUUACCUGCACAUGGAACUCCAGCCUCAAGAAUAGCACAAAAGCGACCUCAUAUUACGGAGAUUCCAAUUGCGGAGGAUGAAAAAGCUUUCAAACAAAAGUACUUAGCUACUGCCGGUUCAAUAUAUCAUCGCACACAAGACGUCUUUCCUCGAAGCUACUUGUGGAGGGUGUUGGAAGAUGGAAAGGUGUUGUCAGUACAGGCGAUCGAUGUAUCGAGACAACAAAACACGCCAGACGCACAUCUCACUUUGAGAUUACAAUUCCCGAGUGCCAUUAAACCUGGUUGCGUUGCUUUUGUAGAUUGUAAGGAACAUGACUACGUCAGCGCAUUUGUGUUGACCGAAACACAUCACCUUUAUAGUUUGAGACUUUGGCCGGACUUCUUUCGCAGCCCUUCGAGCACGGAGAAUAAUGUUGGAAACUGGUGCAAGUCAUAUAUAUCUUCGGUCUUCAGCUUCAAAAAGCCUCAUAGGAUGGUUGCGCUAAGUGCCAAUGAAUUGUUGAUCUCUAAUUUUGAUGGAGGGCUUUUGAAGUUAGAGAGAAAGUCGGGUGGAGAUGGUUCCGAGUGGAAAGAAAUACAUUAUAAUCCAGGUGGAUGGAGAGAUGGACUAAAGAGUUUAAUACCUUUCCAAGGAACCAACACUAUUCGAUAUGGAAAUGCCAAUGUCGAAUUAUCCGCGGUUACUUCUAUAUCUUCGCCAUCAACCAGCAUUGAUGGACAGUCAUAUGCGUUUACUGUUUCUCUCGAUCAUAAUCUUCGAAUUUGGAAUUUAUUUACUGGAAGAAUUGCAUAUGUCGGUGAUAUCCUUGGCCAGGAAACAGAUAAUAAGAACCCUAGAAAGUCAGUCAUCGACCCAUCAUAUUCACAACUAGUCAAAGUAUAUGGCCAAAAUGACGAAAGCGCUCUAUGUGUCACAUACUCCCCGAUUGGUGAAGGGCAAUUUAAAUUCUGGAAUGUUACUCCAGCCGCAGAGGUUGGAAACCUGGUCGUAUCAGACUCUUUCCCUAAUAAUACAUUAGUCCCUCAAGCCCCUACUUCAGACCUAUGGACCAUGGCGGAUUUCUCUGUCGUUCCGGAUAGAACAAGAAAUUCCUUGACUUUAUGGACCUUAUGGAAAAACAAUACAACUUAUCGAGUACAAAAGCUUUAUUUUGGGAAUGAUUCUGAAGAAAGGAUUGAGAAAUUGUGGGAAGAGGGCUGGGAAGCUAUGGUGAGCGAAAGUUUGGCCCAAACACCCUUACCCACCGUCUAUUCUGGCGAUGCCUCGGACUCAACAGACAAGUGGUUAGCAUACAUACUAUAUCCGGGUAAAUUCACCCACACGACCAUAGAGACCGGAUUGGCCAUCUACGAAAAAGGUCUAGGGACAUCGAGGGAUACACCACGCAGAUCUGCACCAUUACCUGAGAGAUUAUGUUCCAGUAUUGCCAUUACCGCCACAUUAAAUCGAGCAUCUGAUGGAGGUGUUGAUUUUGAACAAUUUCGCCUUGCCACUGAUGCACAAUGGAGACGAUUUUAUCGACUGCUUAUUGAGUUGGACAGACAAAGAGGUGAAGCUUUAUCUUUGACAAUUGACCCUAUGGGAGAUAUGCCUUGGAUUGUCUCAGCCGAUGGAUUAUCAGCAGUCCGAGAUUGUAGUGGUUUAGAGAGAAUAUGGCACAACCCCGAACAGACUCCUGCUAGCAUGGAAUAUGUAUCUACUCUCCUUACUGCUGGAUCUUUGUUCGGUGAGGCGGUCCCAGAUGUUCUAUAUCAUGGCUUCCGCUCAGCUAUAUUAGGUCAGCUUUACCAAGAGCCAACCUUGCUUCCGGCAGCUAGAAUGAAGAUGCUUUACGACGGUUGUGAUUAUUCGAAUCAAAUUGGUGAUGAGGAGUAUCAUCAGCUAGUGACAAAUUUGGGAGGUACAUUCAGGGAUGUCAAUCCUCAUGUAUAUGAAUCUCUUCUUGACUUCAUGAUAACAUCCAUUGGAAGCGAAUUGAGACAUCCGUUACCCUUGGCCAACACUGGCAAUAGGCUGAUUGUUAAGGGUGUUCAAGAGACUAUUGAGCUACAUCGAAGCAUUUGUCUUGAUCAGCUCCUUUUGUUAAUUCUCAUUGAGGUUGAAAUUAAUCACGGGGAGGAGGGAAUUCAAUUUGAGACCAGCGCAGUUUUCAAUCAGCUUCUGAUUAUGCUCAAGAGACUCGAACUUGUUUCUUGGUUGGCUAAAACUCAAAUUGACUUACCUCUUACAACUCGUGAACGCUCAAAUUCCUUGGAUGGAUCAACAUCAAGUUUGUCAAAGAAGUCAAUAACCUAUGAGACUGUCACAGUCCUAGAAGGUGUUCAUAGACAUUUAUUCGGGUUAGACCAAGGAGUAUCGAUGUCUACAGCCUUGAUGGACUUCAUUAUAGAAUUAUGCAAGCCGGAUAGUACAUACGAAUCUUCGCCUGCUAUUAUUCAAUGUUUCUUAUUGAAGCAAAAUCACUCUGAUUUGGCCAUGGAAUUUUCUCGCUUCACUGAACACGAUUCAUUCUCCACAUAUAUUCAAGGAAGAGCUUGUCUGGCUGCUAAUGAUCCUCGCACUGCGGCAUUGCACUUUAAGAAGGCUGCUUUUGGAAUGGCAUAUCCAGAUCACAAACACGCAAACACACACAGUUCAGGUCUUCUAGACGAAACGGAAAAGAACCUUCUGAACGUAGGUCUCCCAGAAUAUUAUUCUCAUAUCGUCUCUUUAUAUGACAACGAAAAAAUGCACUCCUUCGUCAUCGAUUUCUCCCGUCUAGCUCUACAAUUUAUCAGACCUAGUCAACACGAUCCUCAACUUAGCACCGAAAUGCACAGUCGUCUCUUUCACGCUGCUCUCCAAACCUCUCGCUACGAACUCGCUUACUCAACCCUAUGUCUCUUUACAAAUACGGCCCUCCAAACUUCCUCACUUCGACUACUCAUUACCAAAAUGUGUGAAUCAUCCCACGCAACCCAACUUAUUUCCUUCCCUUUCCUCGGACUUCAAGACCUUGUCGAUGAGAUACUUGCACAGAAAUGCUCGAAUAUCAUUGAAGUCACAAAUGGUGUCCCAUAUCACAAAAUCCUUUACGCGUGGCGGAUUCAACAUUCCGAUUUCCGUGGCGCGGCAGCUAUUUCUCUAGAAAGAUUAUACCGUCUCCAAGCAUCUUCCGAAAGCGAUAGUAAAAUAGGAAGUGGAGAAUUCGGUGAAGAAGGAGAGACAUUAGUUACGAAACAAUACGUAGCGGUUAUUAAUGCAUUGAGUUGUGUGGAUCCAAAACAUGCGUGGAUUUUAUGUGAAGGGGUUAGAGGGAAAGAUGCAGGAAAUGGAGGAAGAGGGACUGGAAGGGGUAUUUCGAAAGGAGGGAAAGAUGAUGAGGGUGUUAAUGUAAAGAGAAGAGUAGUUACAUUGGCGGAUGUUAGGAGAGGAUAUCAGGAAGAAUUGGAUCGCGUGGCGGCAAUUGAAAAUGGAAGAUUUAGUUUAGGUGGUGGGGAUGGUAUUGGUGGUGCUGAUAUGAUGGAAAUGUGA